AUGCGGGGCUGGAUGAAUUGGAACCGCAAAAAAGCAAUCGAAGAAGAAGGGCGAAGGCAGCAACCUGGACGAGGGUAUAUCCGGUGGUGCUGGUGUUUGUUUCUGUCCAAUAUUGAUGAACGGGCCGGAUGGGCUGGAAAUGAAGCCCAGGCUAGCGUUGAGAGUGGCUCCGCGUUAGGGGAAGUUCACCGACGCACAGCCAUAACGAUGAUGAUGCUGGGAAUGGAUGGCAGUGGCGGUGCCCCGCGUGCGGAGAAUUUCUUGGUCCAAUGCUUGAUUGUCAAAGUACAUCCGUGCUGCAUGGAAGGACACGUCGAUGGCGUCUGGGAUUCCUUGUUUUGGGGAUAUGUGUGGGUUGUGGUGGUGGUGGUGAUGGCAGCACACCUUGCGUUGAAAGUGAGGAACACGGGGCUGCUGUUAUUCGCUCGGACGCGGCAGACAGGCUGUCAGUGCAAAAUUCUACUUCCAACUGCUAUUACUACUCGUAGUCCUACUAUCAUCAUGCCACCCGCCCUUACUUCAACGCCAAAGCCUUACAAAAAGCAAUUCUAG